CCAGUAAAUCCGUUGGGGCGGGGCCGGGGCGACCGUUGAGAGGGCGGUGACGACUGAGGCGGAGGAUCAGUCCUGGGCUCCUGGCGGCGAUGGGGGAGACCGAAAGGGCGGCCUGUGGGGAGCCGAGACCCCAGGGUGGACAGGGCCGGUCCGCCGAGCUUCAGCUUCUCCGCCGACAGGCCGAGGAGGCCGACCCCGGCCCGGGAAUGUCAAGCGGCAAAGCCAAGGGCCCUUCCGCCGACCCUGGCCCGGAUGAGGGCCCAGCCGGGCGGCCCUCCACCUCCAGCAAGGCGGGAGGUGCGAAGAAAAGAGCAGCUUCGGGAAAAAGCCGAGGCCGAGAAGGUGGGAGGGACUCUCCCGGCGAGAGGGCCACCGAAGCCAGAAAGUCGAGCCGCCCCGGGGAGGGUUUUCCGGAGGAGCCCGGCGGAGCCGGGAGGAUGACCAAAGGUUCGGAGGGAGCGAGCGACGGGAAGGGAACGGAAACCAUCGAGAUGGAAACCUCCUUGACGGUCGUGAGGCCUGAGGAAAAGAGGAAGGGCCAGGCUGCAAAGCCGGCAACUCUGAGCAAGGAGAGGAAGGCCAAGUUUUUGGAGAAGCUUCAAUUUGCCGUCCACGAUGCCUUACUUGAAACCUACGGUAAGAGGCUGAAAACCAAGCACAAAAAGAAGAUCUCAGAGAGAGUAGAAGGGUCGUCCGGUACCCAAGGCCCCCUGGAAGUCAAAGGCUCCCAAGAUGAUGAACUCUCAGGAGGGCCAAGUCAGACAGACGCUGCUCAAGGAGGCCUGCUUAGUAAUAUGCGAGGCUUUGAGGACAAGUUGGAUUUUCCCGAUAAUCUUUCCGAUAUAUGUGAGCAGGGUCUUUUCUCCAGGUUUGCCAUCGUCGAGGACAAGCCUUUGGCCUCCACUUCAAAUCUGCCUGAGGGACGCAAGGAGACAGAACAGGUUGAGAGACAGCAGCUAGGUUCUCCUCCCCCUCUUCCCAGUAUCAGAGCUGAGGAUGGGGAGGAGAAAAGCAGGAAGGCCCCGGCCUCCAAGAAGACCAAGGCCAGCAAGAAGAGGUCAGAAGAGCGUUCUAAAAGGGAGGAAGUUUCCAGUACCAGAGAAGAAACCGAAAGUGCCGAAGACCUGAAUGAGCCCUUUGGAAAUCCAGACUCUGAUAUCGAUAACGUUUUCUCCCCAGGACCUUUUCUGGAUAACUACUUCUUCUCUGAAAAGGACCCUGAGGAAGAGAGGCAUCAGGGUUGCACUUCUCUCCCUGAUCAAGAUUUCUGUAAGAGUCCUUCAAGGCUGGAAAAGUCAAGUAUGUCUCAAGAUCCCAUGGAAGACCAUGUUUGGAUGCCAUUAAAGGAGCCGUAUCACUGCAUGUUCCUAAACCUGAGCCCUGAAGUGCCGAGAAAAGUUUUGGUUAGGCAGUUGGUCUAUAAAGGAAGAAAAUUAAGCGACUUGAUGUUCCCUGGUACCACCUCUGAUAAAGAACAUGGAACCUCACGAUCUCUGUUAGAUAUCGCUGGGGACCUAGACUAUAUGGAGUUGGAGGGUGCAUACAAUUCGGAGGCAAGUGGGAGUGAAGGAAAAGAGAGAAAAGGAUGGCCGGCGAGGAUCAAAAGUCUACCAAAAACAGGGAAAUCCCUUGGGCCACCAGCUCCAGAUCUCACUGCGGCCAGGCCUUCUGCUCAAACCAACGCCCCGUUGCGGGUACAGGCAGCCGGCAGCUCCCUCCAAGACCCCAAGUCCAAUGAACCCAAGCCUAAACAUGGCCAAAAGAAGACGAAGAGGGAGUGUCCUCCUCACAAACAGGCCCCAGAGACACAAGCCAACAGCCGAAAAGCAAAUGCCAAAGAAACUCCUGAUGCAGCCGGAGGAACCAGCAGUAAAAGAGAGGAAGAGAGGACAUUGGUUCACCAAGAAAAUGGUGUGAAAAUGAUGUGUUACUUAGUGUCUGGAUCUGUGGUCAGGCUCCUGAGAGCUGCAGACCGGGGGUGGGAGCUGCGUGAGCGGCACAGCCUGGAGGAGCUGAAGGAGCAGUCAGAUCCUGGUUUGUCUCAUCCUUCCCAGGCUGCGGAAGAAAGGAGAAAGAAGUCAGGAGGUAGAAAAGACUUGGCUGAAGAUAAGAAGGAAUCCAAAGUCACCUCCAGUGGCCCAUCCCUCCACCUGCAUGAGAAGAGAAAGCCCUCAAAACCACUGAAAGCUCCUGUCCCGGCCAAGAAGCCCAAGAGCUCAGUCAAGCCCCCCACAAAACCAAAGAAGAAAAAGAAUAGUCCUCCCCAAAAAGAGAAUUCCGACGCUACGACCGACUCGGGAGAGAAAGAGCGCGUGAAGGUGCAGCAGUCGCUGAGUAGAGUGCUGGUGCGGAGGGUGGAGGAGGCCCCGGACCUGACCAUGAGCGAGGAGGCGUUGGCCGAAAUUGCGACCAACAUCGAGGUGGCCUUGUUCAAUCUCGUGCACAACACAAGCAACCGCUACAAGAACAAGUACCGGAGCCUGUUUUUUAACUUGAACGACAAGAAAAACAAGGACCUGUUCCGCCAAGUGGUUCGGGGUGAGAUCAUCCCAGAGGACCUGGUUCGCAAGAGUGUUACCCAGUUAGCAUCCCAGGAACUGACAGAAUGGAGGAACCAGAAAAUGAAGCACGACCUGGAAAUCAUAGAAAAGGAGCAACGGGAGGCCCCCAUUCGACGAAUCACUAAAAUUACGCACAAAGGGGAGAUAGAGAUCCAGUCUGACAAUGAUCAGAAUCUGACACUGGAGCACCUAUCGGAACCCGUGGUGUAUGUCGAUCGCAAGGUCCGCCCCCAGUUGGUCCCUGAAGGAGACAAACCUAAACAGUGCGAGAAACACUCUCCAGAGCCCAGCUGCAACGUCUGCAGAGGACGGCAAGCCCCUUGUGAGAAGAGGGGCUUUAACACCCCCCAAAUGAUCCCACCCUCCAGGAGGAAUACAGUUAACACCUCCGAGAGCACCAUUACCGACCAGCUGGCCCAAGUAGGCCCCCCGGACGCCGAGCCCACCAAGACAAACCAAGGCCAACGGACUGAGCCCCCAGACAGCCUCGAGCCCUCGGCUGCCCCAGGGAAUGAGCCCAGUGGGCUGAAGCCGGAGCUGCCCCUGUGGAAGACCUUGUGGGAGGGAGCCUUCAAGAUGUUCUGCAUUGAGCAGUUUGGGGCCAAAAUGUAUCUCGUCCUUGGGUCCGGCAGCCAGUUCAUCCAGAAACUUCCAGCAGUUGUCCGGUCCUCCGGCUUCAUCCUCCCCAAGGUGGCAUGGGAGAACCUGGACAGGAUCUGGCCGACGGAAGCCCAGAACAUCAAUCUAGUCCGCAUCGCCCCACAAGGGUCCCACAACUUCAAGUAUGGCAGAUUGCUCUACUCCUUCCUACGUGAAAAUAAAUGCUUUGGCGUGGUGGACAGCGAGGAGCUGGACAUGUACAUUAUACCGCUUCCUGCCUCCCAACAAGUGCCCUUCCAGCUCUACCCACUGCGUGGCCCAGUCCAGGAAGCCAUGAGCCACAGCUUGCUGUUGGGUCUGAUUCUCCCCAAAUCCCCGCUCAAUGAGCCCGGGACCCCCAGCCCCUCGGCCGUCAGCCCGAAGAAGACACCCAGUGUGGUCACCAUCGAGGAGCAGAUGGAGAUGAAGUGCUACUCACCUCCUCGCAAGAGGCUCAAGAGUCCUGUGGCAGGCGAGGCCUCAGAGCUCCUUCCUCCCGAGGUUCCUGGCACGGGGCAGUCCCCACCCUCUGAGGAGUCAGGCCCCAGAGACCCCCAGGCAAGCGCCUUGGAGGGGCAGCGAAGGAAUGACGUCCAAGAAGGGGGCGGCCCGGACCUGGGGCCUCCCUCUCACGGGGUUAGUUCCCACCAAGGGGGAAGUGCCGAUCCCAGUCCUCCCAGCUGUCCGGAGAGUACGAACCCCGGUUUGGGAGGCAGACCGGGCCUCCCGGACCUCUCCUUCCACCCACGCGGUCAGACCUCUCACUGGCCGGUGGGGCCCCUAGGCGGGCUGGCCCCCAAGGAGGACCCGGGAGGGCAUCUGGGUGCAGGGUGUGAGGAGAGGGUGAGGUUAUCUGGGGAAAGGGAAGUCUCUGGUCUGAAUCCACCCAGCCUCCAGUCCCUCCACCCCAGGCAUGGCUCGGAGUGUGGUACCACUUCCACCCUUGAGCUCCUGUCUUCAUUCUACCGUGUCAAGCCCGGAGCAGCCCAGCCUUCACCCUGUGCCAAUCAGGCUGCUCCCCAACACCCCACCCCACCAUCCUUCCAGUCCCACUUGCCUCUUGGGUCCAUAUCAUCUCAGCAAUCAGCUUUCACCUUAGUCCGUCAUCUGAAGACUCUGCUGAAGAUGAACAACCUGAUUAAGGCCUCCCUGCAGCCGGAUCAGGCCUCCCCACAGCCAGACGCAGCCUUCCUGCAGUCGGAGGUAGCCUCCUUGCAGUGGGUGGCACUGCAACUGGCCUCCGUCAAUCGGGCGGCGCCAGAUCCAGCCUCCCUGAAGCGGGUGGUGAUGGACUUGGCCUCCCUUAAUGGGGCGGUGCCAGAUCCUGACUCCCUGCAGCUGGAUGUGUCCUCCCUGCAGUGGGUGGCUCUGGACCCAGCUUCCCUGCGGCGGGUGGCGCUGGACCCAUCCUUCCUGGGGUGGGUGGCUCUGGAUCCAGCCUCCCUGCAGCAGACGGCGUCAGACCCAGCCUCCCUGCAGCGGACGGCGCCUAACCCUGUCUCCCCGCGGCAGAUGACCCCAGAUCAGUCCUCCCUGCAGCGGGCGGUGCCGGAUCCAGUCUGGACGGUACCGAACCCCAUCUCUCUGCAACGGACGGCUCCGGAUCCUGUCUCCCUGCAGUAGGUGGCACCAGGUACCAAACCCGAUCUCUCUGCAAUGGAUGGCUCCAGACCUAGCCUCCCUGUAGCAGGUGGUGCUGGAUCAGACCUCCCUGCAGCGGGCUGCGCUGGACUCGUCCUCCCUGCAGCGGGUGGUGCCGGACCCGGUCUCCCUUCAGCGGGCGGUGCUGGAUCUGGUCUCUUUAGUGGACAGCUCUGGAUCCGGUUUCCCUGAAACGGGCAGUGCCGGACCCAGCCUCCCUGCAGGGAACUAGCUCAUCUGUCCCCAAGUGCCUCUGAGGGCAGUUCCGUGCACCCAUCGUGGGGGUCAACUCCAACUGUUUCUUGUGUCCUUUUGUGGCUCACCCUAAGUCUCUGCUUUGUCCCACCGUUGCUGUUUGUUCAGGCCCAAGGGCCUCCUGUGAAUCUUUUAACACUGACCCUGAAGGUGUGCCCUCCAAGCCGGGUUAAACUUGGCAGCCUGUCUGCUAGGCUUGCCACCCAGAGGAAAGGACUCCCCAGUUUCCAUUACACAAAUCCAAGGCUAGGGGAGCUUCAGAGAUGUCUGAUGUCAUCAGCCUUCCGCUCAGAAGGGGAAGGGCAGCCUGAGCGUGAGGCGAGGCUUUUAGAAAUCUAGGGCCAGACGCUCCCCACACCUCCCCUCUCGAUUGCUGCCACAGCCACAACACGCUUCCUUGCCUCCUUCUCCCCCACUGCCCCCCAAUAGAUUUGUUCGUCCCAAUUUGGAGGAGCCCCAAGGCCUCCUAGAUUGGGAUCUGGGGGACAGUGGCCCAAGCAGGGGGAGGUAGGAUAAUCCCACCCCAGAAGGGCUGUGGGGAGUGUAGCAUCCAUCAACCCGGCUUGGAGGAACACACCCAGGGUAUCUGUAAGUUUCAAGUUUUACAUUCCUUUUACAUGUUAAAUGUUUGUGACAAUAAAAAAAGUU